CAACCGGCUGCGGCCUUCUUCCUCCGUGUAAGGCGGGCCCCUCGUAGGGCUUUCUUGCCCGGCUGGCGGUAUGACCGGGCGCCGGGGCCGGACGGGCCCGCUGCAGAGCGCGCUGCGCCGGGGCCGGGAGCUGCGGGAGCAGGUGAAUGCUUUGCUCCAAGAAAGCAAGGAAGAGGGGGCUCUGGACUCUGGAAAGAAGCAAAGUCUUAGUCAGAGAUGUUUGGAGCUGAAGAAGUCUGUUGAUGAAAAUAUCUCUGCUCUACAGAACUUGAAGAAAUCAGAUGAGCCUGCCCCUGUGGGAAAUUAUAAUCAGAGAAAAGAAGAAGAAGGAGAAAAAUUGUUAAUGCUUUCUGAGCAGCUGGAUAAACUUACAGUAAUCUUUAGCCGGGAAGAUGUGACCAAGGACUCCAGCAUCAAUACAAAAAGGAAGGACAGCCCAAAAACACUACAAGAAAAUGAAGAAAGUGAAGAGGAAGAGGAGGAGGAGGAAGAUGAUGAUGAUGAAGAAGAAAGUACACAGGAUGAUGGUGAUGAUGAAGAGGAUGGCGAAGAUGAAGACAAACUCGGAGAUGAUUCAGCUAUUAAAAUUUUUAUCACUCUUGGUGAUUUUUCUGCACAGCAAGAAGGCGACCUGACCUUUAAAAAAGGCGAAGUUCUGCUUAUCCUUGAGAAAAAGCCUGACGGUUGGUGGCUGGCUAAAAACUCCAAAGGGGAGAGGGGCCUUGUGCCUAAAACCUACCUUAUGGUGAAAGAUGUGGAAGAGGGCCAAGAACCAAGUGAAGAGGAAACCGAGGAAGAUAUAGAGGUGACAGAUGAAACGGAAGGAGGGGCCAACAUUCUGAAAAGAACAGAUUCACACUGGAGUGCUGUUAAAAAGGCCAUCACAGAGAAUAAUACCUUAGAUGCACUGACAACUAUGGGAGCAGUUCCUGCAGGAUUCCGACCUUCCACACUUGCACAGCUCUUGGAAGAAGGAGUUCAGUUUCGGGCUUCUUACUUCUUACAACCUGAGCUCACACCUUCCAAUCUUUCUUUCCGAGAUCUAGUGUGGAACCCUGUAAAUGGCACUAUUCAGUCAAGGCCAACUCGGCUAUCACUGAUUGUGACCCUAUGGAACUGUAAAGGGAUUCCUUUUCCUGGAAUGAGCAUACAAGUCCUGAGUAGACAUGUUCGACUCUGCCUUUUUGAUGGUAACAGAAUACUGAGUAACAUUCAUACAGUUAGAGCUACGUGGCAACCUAAAAAUCCCAAAACAUGGACCUUUUCUCCACGGGUCACUGGAAUCUUACCCUGCCUGCUUGACGGUGAUUGUUUUAUUAGAUCCAAUUCCCCAUCUCCGGACAUAGGCAUAUUAUUUGAACUUGGGAUCACUUACAUUCGGAAUUCAACAGGUGAGAGAGGAGAAUUAAGCUGUGGCUGGGCAUUUCUGAAACUUUUUGACUCAAGUGGACUUCCAGUUUCCUCCAAAACGUAUGAGCUGCUUUUGAAUGGUGGGACUCCCUACGAAAAGGGCGUUGAAGUAGACCCAUCGAUUUUGAGAAGAGCCAGUGGCAGUGUUUUCCAUAACAUGAUAACACUGAGGAAGCAGCCUCAACUUCUAGUGAAACUGAGGUCAUUAAGCACCAACUCCAGAGCAAUAUUGAAUCUGCUACCAGAAGUAUUAAUUGGCAGCAUGAGCUAUAUACACCUUUUAUUAUUUUAUCGUCAGAUUCUUGGUGAUGUGCUCCUCCGGGACAGACCGAACAUGCAAAAUGCAGAUUUGAUUGGCAAUCCAGUUUUGGCAACUUUCCCCAAACUCAUGGAGCAGCCUGAUCUCAUGGAUGCGCUCAGGAGUGCCUGGGCAGAGAAGGAAAGCACGCUGAAGAGAUCGGAAAAGAGAGAUCGGGAAUUUCUGAAGUCUGUAUUCGUCCUGGUGUACCACGAUUCUGUCUUCCCUCUUCUUCAGUCUGUGUUCCUCCCAGAGUACAAGUGGGCAGAAGAAGAAUCUGAAGGCACUCGCUGGCGGAUGAUUGCUGACUUCUUGAAGAAAAACCGAGAAAGGGAUGGAGCUCUGUCCUCUCUGCUGUCAUCAGAAGGCCUUCACAAAGCUUUUGAUGUUGCAGAAACAGCAUAUGAUUUCCUUGGAGAGGCUAGGAAGAAUAAUCCUUUUGUAUGAAUGGACUUUAGUUUGAAUGGACCUCUUCCAGACACCAUGCCAAGGCAAAUUAAUUAAACAUACUUGAUGUUCUGGCCAAAACAGUCAUAUUUUUAUAUUUGUAUAUCAUUUUUAUAAAUACAUUGUAUUAGUAUUCUGCCUUUUUGUAUUCAGAUAUGUUGGCUACUUUGGUGUUUUUUUUUAAAGGAAAAAAUAAAGUAUGUAAACAUAUAUUUUUUAACUUUGAUCAAACUUUUCUGUAUCGUUUUUUACUGGGUUUCCUUAGGACAAUGAAUCCUAUUGUUCAUUUUGGAGCUUGUGUAACAACAAAUGUCACUUGCUGUAUUGUACUUAAUUGCGGAAUGUUACUACUAAUCUUUGAUAUUUUACAAGAAAAGCAGAAAAUGUCAUAAAAUUUGUAAACUUGUAAAUAACUUGUAAAUCUAAAAACCCCUCCCAUUUCAUCUUGAUGUAUAUGUAAGCAUCAAUUCUAUCAUGAGUUUUGCUUUGAACAUAUACCAACACAGCUGGGUAAACAUCAUGUCAGCAUUUUCUAGUAACUGGUGGAACUGAAUAUGAUAUUUGGCCACCUGCCAAGGCCUCAUGGUUAUUCUUGAAAUGUACUGAAAUUUCCCACUGCCCUUCAAAAUUGGGUUUUUGAUUCCUGCCUUGCAGGGGUUGGACGAGAUGACCCUCGGGGUCCCUUCCAACUCUACGAUCCUAUGAUCCCUUUUUUGGUGUCAUCAAACAUACAACUUCACCAAUGUGAAUAGAAAUACUGGGGCAGCUUUUUAGACUGGGGGUGAGAUAUUUAUACAGGCGUGUGCCCCCCCCCCCGAUUUAUCUGUGAUUGACUUGCAUUUAUGUGUGGCACCAGGAAAUAAUACAUUUCAAACCCAGAAAUGGUGGGGGAGAGAACUGGAGAGUCCUUGUGGCUCGCGAGGAGACCCUCCCCUGAAGUCUGAAGUCGAUGUCAGGCCAGAGGAAGCCCCGAAAGAGGAGGCACAGCAGGGCUUUGUUUACACCAAGGGUCGGCAAAGUUUAGUUCAUGAUCCCCCAGAUGCUGCGGUGGGCCGGAGUGUGUGCGCACACAUGCAUGCGCAAUCGCUAUUUCCGGCGCUCCUUCCGGUGCGGAGCUGCAGGAGCUUCUUGCAGCCAAUGGGAAGCCGGCCAGCAUCGCAGAAGGCGGUCCCCGCUCUGCUCCACACCAGUUUAGAGCGGGCAGCGGGGGUCCCCGAGUGGGCUGCGGGGGUCCAUGGGCUGGUUAAACGACUCCCAUGGGCUGCAGUAUUUUUGGUGUGGGUUGAAGAGAGUGCGGCAGAGAAGGUGUCUAAAAGCUGCUUAGAGACUGCUCCCCAUUUUACAUGAUUUCACUUAUGUGCAGAACGUAACCCCCACAAAAGUGUGGGGGUUACCUGUACAGUGGACGCUCGGGUCGCGAACGCGAUCCGUGCGGGAUGCACGUUCGCAACCCACAGUGUUCGCAACCCGCAUCUGCGCACGUGCGGGUUGUGUUUCGGCGCUUCUGUGCAUGUGCAAAGUGCGAUUUAGUGUAUUUGUGCAUGCGCGCGUGCGCCGAACCCGAAAUUACCCGUUCUGUUAUUUCUGGGUUCGGCAUGGAGCGCAACCCGAAAGGACAUAAUCUGCAGCGGACGUGACAUGAGGUAUGACAGUACCUUACAAUGUGAGCUGCCUUAGAAAGAGCUCCCCGGAUAUUGUGUUGGCACCGAUCUCAUUGAAAUGAGUGAGGCUUGAACUUUCCAAGGGGCAUGGAGAUUGGGCUGAUAAUUCACAAUGCAAUUAUUUUUAGAUGCUUCCUUAAUGAGCCCAAGACAGGAAUCUGACCAUGGCACCUAAGUGGAGGCGAAACUAGUUCAGCAAGGCCAACCAGCAAUAAGUCUUUUUGUUGGAUGUCUUCCCAGUCAAUUAACAACAAGACAAUGGAGUCCUUCAGAAAGGCACGUCAGUCUUGCCCUUAAAUUGUUUAGAAAAUGCGCUGCUGUUAUGUUAAUGAAAGGCUUGACUCAACCCCAAACGUUAAAUAUAUGUCUUCCUCUUUCCACACCAGGGUGUGUGGAGCUUGUGGGGAUAGGAUUACAGUCCUCAAGGCUAUAAAUUUCCCUAUUAGUUUGGGGGUGCUUCACACAUAUUUUCCCCACAGGGUGCUGUGGUGGGUGGAGAGUGGGGGAGCACACGUGCUCGAGGAUGAACACUGAAUAUUCUG